AGUGACUUUCUUUCAAAAAAUGCUAGAGUACGGUCAGUCAGUGGUCACCGGUACAGGCGGACUGGCAGGCAGGCAGACGCCACGGAGGCUGCUCAACAACAUGGCUUUCUACUACGGAAAUAUAAAACCGGACGGCUACGACAUGUUUUAAACAUAACUUGAGGCUAGAAGAGACGACGAGGGGACAAGCGGAGGGUGGAGAAAGAAGAAAAGCAGUGUAAAACUUGAGUCAGAACCUCACGUUUGUUUGUAGAUGUCGGUAGCCCGCCGCCAAUACCUGUCGACUCCACUUGCCUUGUGUGACCCCCUGACACAGAAAGGAUGGUGAUGGAGGAGGGGGGCCAAACAGAGAGGAGGGGGGAUCCACUGACUGGAGGAGCAGCCAGAAGGCAGAUCCUGGUGGAGCUUGCGGACCAGAACCUUGAUGGAAUUUGUCUCUCUACAUAUCGAACAGCCUGCAAGCUUAGAUUCAUACAGAAGAGAUGUAACUUGCAUCUUAUCGACAUAUACAACGUGAUUGAAGCAGUGCGCGACGCCGGUCUGAACGCUGUGGAAUUAAAUGCUGGCAUUUCUGUGACCAGGCUGGAGAACCUGGUGUCUUCCCUUUUUAACCAGCUCAGCAAGCGCCUUCCCACCACACACCCCAUUAAGCCACGAGAGAGUACUGUCCUAUUUGUUGAGUUCAUCCUGGCUGCCAUUGAGAGCGAACCAGAGAGCCGACUGACAGUGUUCUCAGUGAAGGCGAUUCUGUCUGUGCUAUGUGGAGGGAAACUAGUGGACAAACUCCGCUAUGUGUUUUCUCAGGUCUCAGACUCCAGCGGUGUGAUGGUCCUCUCCAAAUUGGACCAUUUUCUGAUGGAGGCUCUCAAGCUGCCAUCGGCUGUGCACGAACGACCAUCCUUUGGCUACACAAACAACAUGGUCCGCUCCUGCUUCCCACAACAGAAGAGGGUGAUGCUCAACAUGUUCCUGGACAUCAUAUCUGACCCUCCUCCAUGUCUCGUCUGGCUGCCCCUCAUGCAUCGCCUUGCCAAUGUGGAAAAUGUCUACCAUCCCGUCUCAUGUUCCUACUGUCGUAGCAACGGUAUGACAGGCUUCCGCUAUCGCUGUCUCCGUUGCAGAGGAUACCAGCUCUGCCAGAACUGCUUCUGGCAUGGCAAUGCCAACGGCUCUCAUGGCAGCCAGCAUCAGAUGAAGGAGCACUCAUCCUGGAAGUCGCCUGCAACGAAACUGGGCCGAGCCCUGGGCAGAACUCUGGGUUGUGUAUCGUCCAGGGAACCCUCCCACCCAGUUUACCCAGAAGAACCUGAGAGGACCCUAAAUCUUGCUAAUAUAGUCCCUUCUCAACCUAUUGCGAGCCCAAGUCCAGCCAUGUUGUUGUCUUCAUCAGCACCAGAGUCCACCAAGAGCAGUUUGGCAACAGCUCAGCGCAUGAAUGAGGAACACGCUUUGAUCGCCGCUUAUGUGAAUCGCCUUCAGCGCAGCCCACGCAGCAUACCUAUUCCUAGCAGGCAAGAUGAGGAGCACAAACUUAUCGCCCGCUACACUUCUCGACUGGCAGAGACCGAAAGCUCAGGGGUGAUACCCACUCGAAGCAUUAACUUUGAUGUAAACAAACAGAAGAGGGAGCUCAUUGCGCAGCUGGAAUCCAAAAACAGAGAGAUUUUGGCAGAGAUCAAGCGUCUCCGUUCAGAACACGAUGCUGUGUGCCAGCCCAGUCCAGAGAAGGGCAGCACCAACCCGACUCUCCUGGCUGAGCUUCGUCUGCUCAGACAGAGGAAAGAUGAGUUGGAGCAGAGGAUGUCGUCUCUGCAAGAGAGUAGGAGAGAAUUGAUGGUCCAGCUGGAGGGACUGAUGAAGCUGCUCAAGGAUGAGGAACAGCGACAGGCAGCGCAGGCCGCUGGUUCCGCUCAUGCUUUUCCUUCCCGGCCGAGCCCUUCGCCUGGUCGCUCAGUUGGUACCGCGUCUCCGCAGAUGUAUUCGCCCCAAGACUCCCUUGCCGGUGUGGGCGGGAAUGUACAAGAGGCUUUUGCCCAAGGCCCCAGGAGAAACUUGAGGAAUGACCUUCUAGUAGCAGCUGACUCCAUUACCAACACUGUCUCCUCACUGGUCAAAGAACUUCAUUCUGAUGACGGUCGGGAGGAAGAGGAGAGAUUGCUGAAUGGGAAGGACAGAGCAGGUUAAAUUUCAUCGCAGGAACAAUAAAAACAGCAGCGUGGUUUCAUCCCAGCCAAAGAAGAAGUUAAAAUGGAGACAAAACUUCCUCAUUACCCAAUGGCGUUUGGAACACAAGUGCCAAUCAAGCAAUCCUGGACAUCAAACUCCAGUCCACUUACUGAUGUAUAGUUCUGAAUCAGUGUUUGCCUUGUCACUGUGAUUUUGCUUAUGUGUUGACAUAAUCGAGCACAGCCAAACAUAGCAUAGCUGAACAAGGAACCUGAAGCCUACUGAUUUGUACCCAAGUGUGUGCGUGUGUGUGUGUGUGUGUGUGUGUGUGCGUGCUUUAGCGUGUGUUUUUUAGUUGUUUUGUUUUUUUAAAUCACAAGAGGGCGAAGUAAGUGAGAAAGUGGUGUGUGACGAGAUUUUAUUGGGAGGUUUAAUUCUCAGGAUGGAGAUACAGGAUGCAGUUCUGGGUGGGAGAAGAACAAGAAGGUCAACUGUUAAAAAGAAGAAGAGAUGGCUAAGUUUCAGCACUAUGUGCUUUGCAUUUAUUUAUUUUUGCCAGUUAUUCAUUUGUUGUGAGAGUCUAUAUGUAUAUAAGAGUGGUCUGGCCCUGCUGAGACAUAAAUCUUGAAUGGGACAUUUGCUGCUGUAUUAAGGCGAUGUGAAUAACUCCACAGGUGCUGCUCCUAUAGCAGCUGAGGCUGUCUGUCCUGGUACUGAACUGAGAGAUGACAGUGUGUGAGUGUGUGUGUGUAUGCAAGGUAAAUAGAUAUUAUUAAAGUAUUUUAUGCAACAGCAAAGUGAGAGGAGACAUGAACCCAAAAGUGACACAAUUAUACAGUAUUUUACAACCAACAAGGCAAUUCUGCUGCCUCAAAGACAGAUGAUGCGUCAGCCUGCCUUGAUUCUAAUAGAAAAACAUGUCCCUGUAUUCGGCAUUUUAAGGGACAAGUCAUUUUAGAACCUUAUUUUAACUGAUACGUUCAUUCAACUGAAACCUUAAACACUGCAUGCUGUUUGCCAAUUGAAAGAAGAACGUUUCUUACACUCUGCAGCCCAAAAUGACUCCUCACACUUUGCUACUUAACUGCCUUUUCAUUUCAAGCUUUCUGAACAAUGGAGUGGAUUUGUGCGAAUGAUUAUGUCCACUGUGGAUUUUAAGCUACCAAAGCAACAACGACACAGUGCUUGGCUGCGUGUGCGAGCACUGAACCAAAGAACCAAGCUUGUGUGAGUUCAGUAAUUUAAAGCAACAGAAUCGGAAUCGGAAUCAGAAUCAUCUUUAUUUGCCAAGAAUGUCCAAAAAACACACAAGGAAUUUGUCUCCGGUAGUUGGAGCCGCUCCAGUACGACAACAGACAGUCAAUUGACAGAGCGCGCUCAGAGCACAACAGUCUUGUACAUCUCCAAUAUAAUUUGACUGACUGAUCAUUUUCAGCUAUUGUUUCCAUGUUUCAAUGUGCAUGUGAAUAACAUACAGUACCCUCUUCACAGCAGGCAGCCAUUUGCUCAUGUCAUUGCAUACACUAUAAUUAGAAUGUAUGAUAGUCCUGCUCCAUGGCCCAGAUCUAUGACUCACCAGAAUAGCUGUAACACCUGAAAUAGAGCAGGACCGUCAUGAUUGUUAUCUUUCACAUGUGUGUCCUCUGCUACGACAUAUGCGAAUGACCCCUGUAAGAGGCGCUUAGCAACACUGACAGAGUGGACGCAUCCUUACUUGAAACUGUAAAAAGCGUCUGUGCUCAUGUGUUUGAUCUGCAAUAAAUUCUAUUUAUCAUCAAACUGGA